CACUCCCUUACUCUUAAGUCUACGUAACUGCUUCUCUUCUCAGUUUCCCUACCCACAUUGUCUCAUAACAAAAUAAUAAACAUUUCCUGAAAGUUGUUCAAUAAAAAAAAAAAAAAAACAUUUCCUGAAAAAAAAAAAUACUUUCUUUUGUUGCUUAACUUUAUAAAUCUUCUCUAACGACUUUUUAGGAAGUUUUGGUUUGUGUGUUUGUGUUUGCGUGUGACUAAGUCACUGAAGAGUAGAGAAAAAGAAAGUUCUUAGCUUUGGAUGAAACACUGUCUUAUUCCUCUCCUCUUCUCUUGGGUUUGAAGAUAUAAAAGAUGGCUACACUUUCUGAUAUUGGUGUUUCAGCUGGGAUAAACAUCUUAAGUGCAUUCAUUUUCUUCAUAAUCUUUGCGGUUUUGAGGCUCCAGCCUUUCAACGACAGAGUUUACUUCUCCAAAUGGUACCUCAAGGGGUUGAGAAGCAGCCCUUCUCGUGGUGGCGCCUUUGUACAGCGCUUUGUGAACUUGGACUUCAGGGCUUACUUGAAGUUCUUGAAUUGGAUGCCUGAGGCUUUGAAGAUGCCUGAGCCUGAGCUGAUUGAUCAUGCUGGUUUGGAUUCAGUUGUGUAUCUCAGGAUUUACUGGCUUGGGCUUAAGAUCUUUUUUCCAAUAGCAGUUCUUGCGUGGGCGGUUCUUGUGCCAGUCAACUGGACUAACAACACGUUGGAGUUGGCUAGGGAGCUAAAGAAUGUAACUUCGAGCGAUAUUGAUAAACUAUCUGUUUCGAAUAUCCCAGAGUAUUCAAUGAGGUUUUGGACCCAUAUAGUGAUGGCAUAUGCUUUUACCAUCUGGACUUGUUAUGUGUUGAUGAAAGAAUAUGAGACGAUUGCUAACAUGAGGUUACAGUUUGUUGCAUCAGAAGCUCGUCGACCUGACCAAUUCACUGUUCUUGUCAGAAAUGUACCUCCAGAUGCAGAUGAAUCUGUUAGUGAACUGGUGGAGCAUUUCUUCCUGGUCAAUCACCCUGAUCACUACCUGACAAAUCAGGUUGUAUGCAAUGCAAACAAGCUAGCUGAUUUGGUGAAAAAGAAGAAAAAGAUGCAAAACUGGCUUGAUUAUUACCAGCUCAAAUACGCUAGACAUAACUCUCAGAGAAUCAUGGUGAAGCUUGGCUUCCUUGGGCUGUGGGGACAAAAAGUGGAUGCAAUCGAACACUACAUUGCUGAAAUAGACAAAAUAUCAAAAGAGAUAGCUAAAGAAAGAGAAGAAGUGGUGAAAGAUCCCAAGUCCAUUAUGCCAGCAUCUUUUGUCUCCUUCAAAACUCGUUGGGCUGCUGCUGUCUGUGCUCAAACUCAACAGACCCGGAACCCGACCCAAUGGCUAACCGAAUGGGCUCCAGAGCCUCGUGAUGUGUACUGGCCAAACCUUGCUAUCCCAUACGUUUCUCUAACCGUUAGAAGACUGUUAAUGCAUGUUGCCUUCUUCUUCCUAACUUUCUUCUUCAUCAUCCCAAUUGCCUUUGUUCAAUCUCUUGCUACCAUCGAAGGGAUUAGGAAAGCUGCACCGUUCUUGAAGGUUAUUGUUGAGGAUAAGUUUAUGAAGUCAGUGAUACAGGGCUUUCUACCUGGUAUUGCAUUGAAGCUCUUCCUAAUCUUUCUACCAUCCAUUCUCAUGGUCAUGUCCAAGUUUGAAGGCUUUACAUCAAUCUCAUCUCUAGAGAGACGCUCAGCGUCUAGAUAUUACAUCUUCAACUUCGUGAAUGUCUUUCUUGCCAGCGUCAUCACUGGAGCUGCGUUUGAACAGCUUAGCGCUUUCCUCAACCAAUCACCAAACCAAAUCCCAAAGACCAUUGGUGUGGCUAUACCGAUGAAGGCAACGUUCUUCAUCACUUACAUAAUGGUUGACGGUUGGGCAGGUGUAGCUGGAGAGAUUCUUAUGCUGAAGCCUCUGAUUAUGUUCCAUCUGAAAAACACUUUCUUGGUGAAGACUGAGAAAGACAGAGAGGAGGCUAUGGAUCCAGGGAGCAUUGGUUUUAACACGGGAGAGCCUCGGAUACAGCUUUACUUCCUUCUUGGUCUUGUCUACGCUCCUGUGACGCCUAUGCUUCUUCCUUUUAUCUUGGUGUUCUUUGCUCUUGCUUACAUUGUGUAUCGUCAUCAAAUCAUAAAUGUAUACAAUCAAGAAUACGAGAGCGCUGCAGCGUUCUGGCCAGAUGUUCAUGGACGAGUCAUAUCUGCAUUGAUAAUAUCUCAGCUGCUUCUUAUGGGUCUAUUGGGAACAAAACACGCUGCAUUAGCUGCACCCUUUCUCAUUGCUUUGCCUGUGCUUACCAUUGGUUUCCACCGCUUCUGCAAAGGUCGUUAUGAGCCAGCCUUUAUCAGAUACCCUCUACAGGAAGCUAAGAUGAAAGAUACAUUGGAAAACGCAAGAGAGCCGAACUUGAACCUCAGAGGCUACUUGCAGAGUGCUUAUGUUCAUCCAGUGUUCAAAGGCGAUGAAGAUGAUGAUGACUAUGAUGAUGACAAGCUUGGGAAGUAUGAGGAUGAAGCCAUUAUUGUUCCUACCAAACGUCAGUCCAGGAGGAACACUCCAGCUCCUAGCAGGAUCAGCGGAGAAUCUUCACCGUCUCUGCCUUUUAGUGGUAAAGAAGUCUAG